GCUUAUUGAUGUAGCAAUCAAUAAAUCCAAACAAACACACCCUAAAUGCAUACUCAAUUCUGUCUCUUCCCCAGGCUGAAGUUGAACUACCACACGCACUCUCUCUCCUCCUUCACUCACACUCUCUCUACAAUGUCUACCUCAAUUGUUCUUCCUUCUGUCUCUUUAAAGAAAACCCCAUUAAAUUGCUCUCAAACAAUCCACAAUUAUUCAAGCUUUGUUGGGUUUAAGAAUGACAUUUUGCAUUUUAGUCCUCGGAAUUUGGAUAAAGCUAGAUUCUCUAGGAGUGUUUCUGCUGGAUCUCCUUCUCAAACGGCUGUUAAUGAUGGUUUAUUCUCUGAUUACAAACCUUCUUCUGCAUUUCUCUUUCCUGGGCAGGGAGCUCAAGCAGUGGGAAUGGGUGCAGAGGCUCAAAAUGUCCCUGCAGCUGCUUUCUUGUAUAAGAAAGCUAAUGAUAUUCUUGGUUAUGAUCUUCUGGAGAUUUGCACCAAUGGGCCUAAGGAAAAGCUUGAUUCAACUGUCUUAAGUCAGCCAGCUAUUUAUGUUACAAGUUUAGCUGCGGUUGAAAUAUUGCGUGCUCGUGAGGGAGGCCAACAAAUAAUUGAUUCUGUGGAUGUGACAUGCGGUUUAAGUUUGGGAGAAUACACUGCUCUUGCUUUUGCCGGAGCUUUCAGCUUUGAGGAUGGGCUGAAGCUGGUUAAGCUAAGGGGUGAAGCAAUGCAGGCGGCCUCUGAUGCUGCAAAAAGUGCAAUGGUUAGUGUCAUUGGCCUGGAUGCCGAGAAGGUUCAAAGUUUGUGUGAUGCCGCAAAUGAAGAAGUUCCAGAAGAAGAAAGAGUUCAGAUAGCAAAUUUUCUUUGCCCUGGAAACUAUGCCGUAUCUGGAGGUGUAAAAGGAAUUGAGGUGGUAGAAGCCAAGGCAAAAUCUUUCAAGGCUCGGAUGACGGUGCGAUUAGCAGUUGCUGGUGCUUUCCACACCCGAUUCAUGGAACCUGCUGUCUCAAGAUUAGAAGCUGCAUUGGCUUCGACCGAGAUCAGGAGACCUAGAAUACCUGUCAUAUCGAAUGUUGAUGCACAACCACAUGCAGAUCCUGAUACAAUUAAAAAGAUAUUGGCACGACAGGUGACGUCUCCUGUUCAAUGGGAAACAACGUUGAAGACCCUCAUGGAUAAAGGCUUGAAGAAGAGCUACGAGUUAGGACCCGGGAAGGUCAUUGCGGGUAUCAUGAAGAGAAUUAGCAAAGCUGCCGAGAUUGAAAACAUCAAUGCCUAAAAAAACAACAUAAAUUACUUUGUACCAACUUUAAUUUAGUAUUUUUUUUGGAAAUUGAUUUUAAUUUAUUACUUGUUUUGUCCAGAAUUAGCAUAAAUACUUUGUAGUUCGUACCAAUCUAGUAUACUAUUUUUAAAAUCUAUCCGAAAGUGAAUCGUAAUUUUGUCAAGGUGUGAUUGUAUCAUAACGAACUCGAUUUUAUUGAAACUUAUGUAAUAAACCAUUUUCGAUAUUCAUUCAAUGUAACAUGAGAAUUCAGACUCG